AUGAUGGAUCCUAGAAUUGGCUGGAUUCAACCGGAACAAAAGGGUCCAGCAUAUACAACAUGGAGCGACAUAAUGAUUCAGGAUGUCACUUCACCAUCAACGAAUUUGGAAAAUCUUCGUGCUGGAAGGCCGGACUAUAUCCCUCUGAAUCAUAAAAAUACUUUUAGUGACGCAAAGGAGACUACCGCGUUAAACAACUUGAUAAACGCAGACAAAAAGUCAUGUUAGUAAGAAGAAAAAGUUGAAAAUCGAACCCCGUGGUGGUCCAAGGAAAAAAGCUAUCCAGACGGCCCAGUUGGGUAAGUCGCCAUUCAGGUCAUUUCAGCGAGAAUUCUUACAACGAAGAAGUGACAACCCUCACAAUUGAAAGCUAAUAAGUUAUUCUUUCGUUUUAUUAAGGCUUCAUGAGGAAAUUCUGGACUUUCAUAAUUUUAUGAAACCUCGUCCUGCAGAACAUAGGAUGCGACAAGAAGUAAUAUCGAGAGUUCAAGAAGUCAUCAAACAACUCUGGCCUACAGCUGAAGUACGUAGGGAAAAUUCACAUAAUUUGCUCAGUUUUUUUGUCAUAAAUUCAAAGUAAGUUUGCUGAAUGGUGUAACAAGUAUGGGAAAUGACGAGGUUUUGUUUUUAUCAAAUUAUUUCAGGUGGAGGUCUACGGAAGCUUCCGAACGGGCCUCUAUUUACCAACCAGGUGAGAGCAAGUAGCAACUUUUUGUGAGUCGAAAUAAAAGGUGUUUAUGAUCUGUAACGUUUUGUGCCCUAUUUUAGAUUUUCCUCGCAUGGGUCCUGCUAUCGCCAGUGUGAAAUGGAUCUAAUAAAGAUUAUCGAGUAGUGAAUGGAUAUCACUCUACAACCGUUUAAAUGAAAAGCAAAACAUGUACUGUAUCUUUUCAAUAAAUCGUUUGUGGUGAGCAGAAACAAGGUUUUCGCGUAAACAUUAUGCAACUUGAAACCCCCGGAGGAUAUCUCUAUUUUGAACAUAAGCAGUUUCAAAUAGUUCUGAUGUCACAGUACCCAAUUGUAAGUAGUUGUUAUUCAUUUAAAAUCCGUUGCUUCUUAUUAGUGACAUCGAUAUUGUCGUCUUUGGCAAAUGGGAGAGAUUGCCUCUAUGGACGCUUGAACAGGCGCUGACUGCGAACAAAAUUGCGGAGGUUUCGUCGAUCAAGGUCUUGGAUAAAGCAUCGGUGAGACUAGUUUUUUUCUUUUAUUGUAUAUUUGUAUUAUGAACACAAAUAUCGCGACAACUCGUGAUGAUAAGCUUAUAUACAAGCUUAAUACUCACUAAUAAAAUACAGAAUAAAUGAGGUUAAAUUACCCCGACUCUCUGAAAGCCUGUUAUGUAUUAAAGAUGCACAAAAGCUUCUUUUCUGCUAAUGUUUUUCGAAGGAGAGCUGUUUUUGUCACUCAGGAAAGGUGUCACAAGCUUUUUCCUUCGCGAAUAACAAAUCUGUAGGAAGUGACAACGCUAUAUAAAUCACAAAAUAGUUAACAUCGCACGGGAAAAUACUUGUUGAAUAUUCACGUAUUUUGUAUGAUCCUACUUAUUUCGGUAUGCAAAUUCAAUGCGGGUUCGUCCCUUAGUGAAAUUUGAAUAUUUAUGACCUUUGUUUUCAGACUCUUAUUUUUUUUGCCUGGGGCGUUAUGUAUAAUACUUUGUCUGUCGUCUACAUGUAGUGCCUCAAAAAUUUCAACUACAAGAUUUCAGCGCAAGAUUUUUGUGUGGGUGUGCCAUGUUGAAGGACUUAAUGUACUCUCACAAUGAUAAAAGAACAUCAUUUCUGUUAUUUUUUGUCAUAAUGUUAAAUUAUUCCAUAUUUUGCCACUCAUGAAGGAUAUACAGCUGUAGUUGGGGUUGUUUGGGGGCUUUUGAAAGUACCUAAAUGGUUCGUGGUUUUUGUUCAUGUCAGUUAUGUAGUGUCAUAAUUUGCAUUAAUUGUAUCAAGUGGAACUGUGAAUAUUUCAGAAAAUUUUAAGUAAAAUAAUAUUUACACGACUUUCGGCAUCAGUUGAAACUUGUUAAAUUUUUAGAUUCUUCAGCCCAAAUAAAGGAUUCAUACAUGCAGUUUGGUAAAUGUAGCGGAUAUGUCUUAGGUAAAAUCCCUUUUCAGGCUAAAGUAGUAUUCAGCCUAGUUUGAUACAGAAUUUCCUUAAUUUCUCGGCCCUAAUUAUUUAUAGCAGAAAUAGGAAAUUCUGGUUUCAAUUUUAUCCGCAACAGGUAUUGAUAUGACAUUCAGUCCAGUGUUAUUACGAGGAUAGGUGUUCCAUAAUCUGUGCACAAAGACCUUUUGAAGUAUAAUUUCUAAAUAUUAUAUAGAACCAGAAUGGCUUAACCAAAAACUAUAACUUUUUUAAAUAAAAAAAUAUGUAUGUGUAAAGUGAUGAAGAGCAAAACUAUUCCCUACUUUCACGAGUAUACCAUUUGAUUACCUAUUAAUAUCAUUGGUAGUGCUUCUGAUUGGCUGCAGCCAAUUUUUAAUUUUCAGCAUGGAAUUUCUGCACUUGUUCCUUAGGCAUAGUUUUUCAGGGAAACUAUUGGUGGCAUUGCAAAUUGUCAAUUAUGCUGAGCAGCCUGGAAAUCACAGUGUUCGAGCACUGGGCUCCCUGUAAUUUUUCUCGGAGCACAACUUUGCAUUUUUUCCUACCAGUCAUGUGCAAAGUAACUGACUGCUAGCAGAGCAUUACAUCUCACCUAUUUUUAUACUUUGCUGCGUAUCUGUGUUUUGUUUUUGACAUAAAGAAGCAUUUCCUUUAUAGGAAAAAAAUCUGAGAAUGUAAAAGUGAUGUGCUGUCUAUGAACAAAAAUUUCUUGCAAGAAUUUGAAAAGGUUUUCCAUUGAAUACCAGUGAACAGUCACCCACUUUGCAUGUGAACUUUAUUCAGGCAAUUAUUCACUUAUUCAGCCAUGGUUAUAAGGCAAGGGGUGAUAUACAGUUGGUGUUGUGGUGUUUGUCUUAGAGGGGGUUAACUGUUUUGAUUUGACAACUGGCUUGCUUCAAAUGGUGCAUUUGCUGCAAAAAGUCUUCACCUGUACAUAAGAGUUGGUGGGCUUGUUGCUAAACCAUUUUUGGCCACUAUACAUCACCCUGGACAAUUACAAAAUAUUUUUUCAAUAUAAUAUAGUUAAUAUAGUAAAUAUAUAACUGAAGAUGAUUUUUUAAGUGAAAAGUUCAAGUGGUCGUUGUCAAGGUGGGUAAUUCCAGAGCUAUCUUGUUUCUAUUGAGAGAACUUCAAAAUUUCUAUUGUACAUGUAGUUCUAAACUUUGAGUGUGUUGGCUAAGCCUUGUGAUGCUGAUCAUUUGAGACUUUUCUUGUGAUAAUCAUGAUAUUUACUGAGUUUAGGGUUUAACACUGAAAGUGGCAGAGUUAUAAUUUUGUCUAUCAUGUGAUUGACAAAGAUGCCUUUCAUGUGAUAGUCCAAAAUAUUGCACUAUUCCAGGGGGCUUGUUGGAGCUAACACAUAGCCCUGGUGAUGUCUAUCAAAAUGAUGUAACAUAAUGCAUGCAAAAAAGUCAUACCUUGUGUCAAUAUUUUGCAUUUUUAAGGUCUGUUACAGUUUCUUUAUAUGGUAGCAGUAAAUAUAAAAGCCAAAACAUCUGAUAUCUUUAAUAACAAUCGUGACUGUUUUUAACAUUUUCUUUAUUCAGGUGCCUAUAAUCAAAAUGACAGACCAGAAAACCAGUGUGAAAGUGGACAUAAGCUUCAAUGUCCCAGCUGGGUUAAAAGCAGCCGACUUCAUAAAGGUAAACCGUUUUGAAUGGCUUUCCAUCAUCUUUGUCUGAGGAUGCAAUGAUAUUAUUUGCCCAGUAGUGUAUGGCUGAUGACAAAGUUUUAAACAAAAAGCUUGCCAUAUUUACUGUUUAACAGAAAAACUUUUUCUUCUAAAAUUUAUUUUUAAUUUAUUAUUAUGUGAUGUGAAUUUUAAUCUUUUAUUCCUUGUUCUGUUUCUAUAUAUCCAUGUUUUUGUCCAAGGGUUUUGAAUAUAAAAAAUUCUUUGGGAAAAAAAAUUCAUAACUGUAGUAAUAUAUUCUUUGAUAAAUCUUACCUUUUGUUUCAUUACCUGGAUUCUUGGCUAGUCCGUGAUUUGCUUUAAAAGAAAAAGUUUAAAUGUUGUUUAUUUUCUGUUAGGCUAGGUUGUUAAAAUGGUUCCUUAUUAGUAGUAGAGUCACAACAUACAUGUGGCUUUACAAAAUUAAUAUGGUUGUACGAACUAAUUAAAAAUUAAAAAUCAAUCACAAUCAGACAAUUGAAAGAUACAUCUAUUGAUAAAAGAUCUUUUAAAACGCUCCAUUUUGACUGCAGCUAAAAUAAAAUUAUGCCCUUGAUCUCGCAAGCAUCUCUUUCUUUAAGGGGGCAACAGCUCAAAACGUGGGAUGUGAGGGAUUCUCUGUUAUAGUUUUCCAUAACUUGCAGUCCCGUUUUUUAAAAGUUAUUUGUAUAUCCAAACCUAAAGGCACGUUUAAAAAAUAUGUCACUAUCAUCCCGUGACAAAAAAACAGGGGCACAAUUAACAGAUUAAAUAAUUUUGUCAGUUGAUCUUUAGGGUAUGUAAAAUAUUUAAAGACAUGUAAAAUGUGUUUAAAACAGCUUCUAGCUUAUUCAACAACAUGUAGUUGUGAAAGACUCAUGAAGGAAAUGGUUACCCUGGUAAUGGGUUUUUCGGUGUCAUUUGAAACUAAAGGCUUUAUCCUGAAUAUCACUGAACAUGAUUUUUUUGCUCAUGUCACCUAGAAGAGGGUUUGCAAGGCAAACCCCACUUCUGGAAAUAAAUUGUUUUUUGUCAAAGUUCCUGAAUUCCCGAGACUGCAAAAGCAGUUUUAUAGGCACGUUGGUAUGAGGUGUUAACACACAUCUUAAUUAUUGCUCAUUCUGUUAAUCUUGAGUAACUGGGGUAAUGUGCGUCCUUGACUAAAUGCAAUAAGAAUGUAACAAUAGCUCACAUUGAAUGGUACUGAACAACACAACGAAAACAUCCAGACUUUAUAUCCUGUCUCACAGGACUCGAAAUUGCGACUGAUACGGUCUCCAAUGCGACAAACAUUUUCUCCUAAAAAUUCUGGUUUAGUCGCCACUUCGGUAACCAGAUUUCUUUAUGAUUUAGAUUUAAAUUAAAAGAGUUAAGUUAAAACAAACAUUUUAUCUUAUCUUGCUUUGCUUUCAUCACAAAAAAUGUGCCAAGUCGCAUAAACAAAGCCAGUUUACCUCCAAAUUUAUGUCGACUUCUGUGAUAUUUUCAAACAAUCAAAUAUGAUGGAUCGUGCCAUACUAUGAGCUGCAUCAUUUACAUUAUAUAAACUGGCGACUGAAAAUUUGCAUCUGGCAACUAUAUCUCUCCAGUUUGUGGCCAAAAGGCGACCUGAGAAACUUUUUUAAUUUUGAGCCCAAUCUCAGCAAAAACCCCAAGUGGUUGACUGGUUCUGUUUUUCAAUUACACAGGAUCAGAUAGAAAUUUUCCCUUGCCUUGAACCCUUGGUGCUUGUCCUAAAGCAAUUCUUACUUCAGCGUGACCUUAAUGAAGUAUUUACUGGUGGGAUCAGCUCAUACUGCCUUAUCUUGAUGACUAUCAGCUUCCUGCAGGUGCGUGAUUUGUGAUUCCCAAAUGUGUUCAAUACAGGGUUAAAUGAAAGUCAGGUUUACAGCCUGCUCGAUGGGCAAGCUUUAGCUCCAAUCUUGGACAAAACUGUUGAGAAAAUUGUAUACUUGGGAAGCAUUUUUCUAGACGUUGUAGCUGUACUGGUUCUUCCCUCUCCCCCUUCCCCUGAAAGUAGUGUUGUGUAUUCAAAAGAAAGCCUGAUCCCUGGGCGUUUGUAGGAAGCAACAUUGAAUUGGGGGAAGGGGUUUUCUUUUCUCAAAGGCGUCGUUUUGGAAAUAGUUUUGUUGCGUAGGAAAGUGGACAUGAUGGGGAAAACUUCCUCGAGAAGUUUUGUCAGGGAUUGUAGCAGGUACUAGCCCUGUGGUAACUAACCUGAAUUUUUUGACGUACAUGUUAAUGAUUAAUUUAUUUUUGUUAAUUAAUCAGUUACUUGCUUUAUUUAAUGACUGUAAUGAAAGAGAUAAUUUCACUUUGCCAGAUCAGCUCAAAAAACAGCUUUCAAUUCACAUGAAGUUUUCAGGAAUUUAAACAAUAUUUGUCUCACACUACUUCUGUAAUUUGUAUUCCCCCAAAAAACUUCACUGGCCCAUCAGGUAAGUUAAGAACAGAAUUCAGUAGCCCGAGUGCAAAUUCCUUUAGCCACUGGCUAUCAGACAUGACUUUCUUUGCACGCUGCUCAGUAGGUUUACUUUUACAGUGGAACCCUGCCUAUGCCCUGACUUUUGUUUAUGCAUUUUCAUGUUGAUAUGGGAGAAAGGAAGGAAGCAAGGAUUUAAAUGUUAAAAUAUUCUUGCUGUUGACAUUUACUAAAUGAUAAUUUUCCAAAAUAAAUAUUUUCCUCUAACUUUUUUUCACGUUUUUCACACAGCACCGUAGAACACCUCCUUCAAAAAAAUCUUGGAGUGCUUUUUGAUUGAAUUCUUUGAACUAUAUGGUAAACAUUUUAACUAUACAAAUGUUGGAAUCAGAGUCAAAGAUGGUGGCACGUACUUUUGCAAGCAUGAGGUGAAUAAGCAAAAUAAAAUAUUUUAUGGCUAUAAAAUACUAUUUUCUUUAAUACUACUGUUAAAUACCACACUGUACCCAUCCCUAUCAAAACAUGUAGGUGGGCAAGGUCUGCAUUCAAUAUUAUUUAGUUUGUGUCCUUUGUUCGACAGGAACUCACACCUUUUUAAAUAGUGUUGAUGAUGAUGGUGAUGAUGAAAUUCCUUUAAUAAUACUCUGUAGGGUUUGUGAGGGAGUAACAGCCAUUUCUUUUAUUCAACCCUUCAGACACUGCAACAAACCCACUUUUUCUGUAACAAUUAAUUUUAUUUCUCGGUUCUUUGUCAUUUAGGUUAUGCUUGGUAUGAAUGAUGUGUAUAAUCAACCCGCUCUCCUGUGCAUUGAAGAUCCUUUUACGCCAGGUAAACAGAACAUACCAUAUUUCCUCGAAUAA